AUGUGGACGCUGAUUCCAGAAAAAUCCGGCCCGCUCGGCAGGGCUCUGAAACCAAACUUCGAUAACCCCGACGACAAGUUGUGCCUGAUAUAUUCGUGCGUGAACGAUCCCACGGCGCCGGCGUCGAUCGAUACGCUGUACUCGUUGAAGUUGUUCGACGAGGGGUUGCGGAUCGGCGCCAAGGGCGACGCGGUGACGGCGGAGGGGCUUAGUUUCGUCGCGCGCGAUGUUUUGGAGAAACUCGCGACGUACAGAACGCUCGUGGUUGAAAAAGCGGACUCGAGCUUGAUGGACGCGAGUUGGGUGAACCCGUCACCCGCCUCGUGGUCGGGAGUCGGAAUUUAG